ACUGCCCCUUCACCACCUUUACCAACCCAGCCAUCCAUCGACCCAAGAUCUUCCUCUACGACACAACACUUGCUGCCAAAGCCUCGUUUUUAACUUUCAUCGCUACUCUACGUACCUCAGAAACCGACAUCAUGGACCGCAUCAAGGAGAAAAUGAACCAGCUUCGCCUGGAGGCCGACGAGGCAUCUUCCAAGGUUGAGGAGCUCCAGUCCAAGGUCAAGGUUCUCGAGCAGGAGAACCUGUCCAAGGAGCAGGAAAUCACCUCGCUGCAGCACAAGAACGGUCUUCUCGAGGCCGAAGUCGAGAAGCUUGAGGGCAGUGUUAAGGAUCACAAGAAGGCUGCCGACGAGAGCACAACUACCGGCACUCAGAACGAGACCCUGCAGCGGAGGCUCCAGCUUCUUGAGGAGGAGGCCGAGGAUGCCGACAAGACUCUCCGCGAGGCCAACGAGAAGCUUCGUCAGACCGACGUCAAGGCUGGCCACUUUGAGCGCAAGGUGCAGGCCCUUGAGGUCGAGCGUGACCAGUGGGAGGCCAAGUACGAGGAGAUGUCGAAGAAGUACACGGAACUCAAGAAGGAGCUCGAAGAGCUUCAGAACGAGAUUGGCAACAUCUAAUUCAAGUUGUUGAGGUUAACGUUACUGCUGCGUGUAUGCUCUCUUGAUGAUAGAGCCUGUGGCGGACGUUGUAGGGUGACAGUAUGGACUUCCAGUCAUAUGGGAACCUUCAGGCGCCGCAGCGGUGGAACUGUUGUCUCCGAUUUCCAAAUUUGCGACAGCAUAGCAUUUUGCGAAAUGGGCGUCCAGUUGUGCUUUUCACAGUUAUAUGACUUAGGGAGGCCGAGGUGAGGCAGCCGGGGGUAUCCAUUAUCUCUAUGCGGAAGCUUAGGCAGGCCAGGUACCAACAGCUGCUGCGUGUGCUCGGGAGAUCAUUACGAUGUCCGAGGCAAAUCAUUCCUUGCCUUUG